AAACUAUUCAGCCAGCAGCUGGUUUUUGCGACAUGUUUUGAAUGUGGAGUUUUUAUUUUAGACUUUAUUAGCAACACAGGGCCUAUACCUGAGACCUGAGACUUUCAACAUUCCACUCGGACCGAAAGUUAAUUUAUUAUUUCUUGGAAACUUGAAAGUCUAGAAGUCUAGAGAUCAAAAGUCCACAGAAUGAUGUGGUAAAAACUAAGGGCCGGACCACCUUUUGCUCAAUCCUUGGCCAAAUUUUAUCUCAAAACUCUCAAAUUAUUGCAUAAAAAAUGGCAUCUGAAACUGCUGACGUUAAAUUCAGCAUUAAGGCUCUGCACGACGGGUUUGAAUCUUGUCUUGAAGAAGAGGACGACAUUCACAUUGACAAAUACAUCAUUGCCUACAAAGAACUUUAUAAAUUUCUGAUAUUGAUGGGCAAGUUAUUCAGUUUCGUUGGCAGUGACAUAAAAAGCAAACUGGAUAUCCUGGAAGAGAUCAGACAGAGCGACAAAGACGGAAAUUUUGUGACUGUGAAAAAGAUGAUGGUGUUUGAAAAGGAACAGGACCUUUUGAAGAAGAAGGGAUAUGUUUCCGGCAGCAGGACGUUCCUCCGUCUUCACAGGGGUCUUGAUUUUAUUAGUUUGUUUUUGCAAAAAGUCAGCGAAGUUGAUCACAAGGAUGGAACAGCUACUGUGUGCCAGGAGGCGUACAAUGUGACCUUAGCCAACCACCACACCUGGGUCAUUCGAAAAGCAGCUGGAGUGGCCAUGUACGCCAUGCCGACCAAAGAAAAUUUGCUUAUUAAGAUAUUUGGAGAGGACGAGGAAGAAAUUCGCAUUGCGCAGGAAAACUUACCUCAAAUGUUGGAGGCCAGUCGAGAAGUUCAUAGCCGAACGCAAAAACUCUAUGAACAACACAGCCUGCUCGAUUUGCCUUAACCUGACGUUGCUCUUACACUUUUCCAUUCCCUAGCUCCACAGGUAUUAUAAUUUAACUUAGCUAGCUUUUUUUUUAAUUUGGCCUAGUUGUUUUGAUGUCAGCAACGCGAUAUAACAAUUUAAUCUUCUCGCAAUUCCCACAUUGGAACAAGAUCUGUCUUGUGCCAAAUUUUCACCUCCUAAUAUAUCUUGUAAAUUGGAAAAUUUUAUUCUGUGUUAGCCACAUUUUGGCACCAAUUGUUAAUUAUUGAAAUUGUGCAUUUUUAGUUUAAUGCAAGUUAGAGACGUUAGGUUUAUUUUAAUAAUGCAAAGUGCAAAUGUUUUUAAAAUUAAAAAUUGAUUUAAUUCAAGUAUUUACAAAAUCAAACAGGAAUGUUUUUAAUUCUUCCAUUCUUAUGGCGUGAGUGCACCUGGAAAAAUUAUUUUCUAUUAGCAAGAAAUUCCAUCAAAAAAUUUAAUUUAUUAUUUACCAGCAAUGCACGCAGUCAUGUCACACACAACGUUGGCCACCAGCAAUGCCCAGUAUGCGUUUUUGGUGAAGUCCUUUGUUUUGCUUGGCGCCAUCACUUUUAAAGUUGAAACGAGUGUGGCUAGGGCUCCGAAAUUAGAAAAGCCACACAGGGCGUACGUUGCAACCGUCAUCGACCGUUCCUUAAAAAAAUCGUAAAUAAUUUAAACAAAACAGCCUCAAUAAAUUUACCGAAAUUAUUCCUUCGAGAUCUUUCAACUCUGUGUACGCAACAAACUCGUUGAUGACAAUUUUAAUGCCGACCAACUUGCCGACCUUCUGCGAAUCUGCCCAGUCGGCGCCCAUUAGAUAGGCAAAGGGUGUAAAAAGUAAUCCAAGCAGGUACUAAAAAAUUAAUUGGAGUGAAAAUUAAGAUAAUUUAAUUUUCUUCAAAAUACCUCAAAAGUAACUCCAGAGAUACCAGUCAGUAAAUAAAAGAAGGUUUCAAUCACAGAAUUGGCAAAGGGAAUCACCGAGAGCCAAAUUAUCAAGCAAGCCACGAUAGACUUGAUGAUUUCAAAGGCAUUGCUCGCACUGCUUGACGUUAUGUCAAAAACGUUUACCUUUUCCCUAAAUUUUUAUUAUAAUUUAUUUCAUAAUUUCGUGUCGUAGUUUUUACUUGUUAUCCUUUUUUAGUUCCAUUUCUUUGGUCUCAGAUGGUUCCGUGUCAGGCAUGAAUAAUUUGCAAAGUCCUAUUGCGCCGAUCGAAGACAUGAUCGAAGCUGUGAUCAUGUGUACGGCCGAGAUCCCAAAUUGUAUAUAGGCUGCCAUAACAGAACCUGCGGCCAAGAAAUAUUAAUUUAACUAUUGACAGUAUUCAUUUUAAACAGACGCUUUGUCAAAGAUUGUGAUAAAUAUAAUUUUUUUCAAAUUUAUUUUGUGUUGUAUCUUAUUCUUACAGCGUUUUAAGAACAAUAUUAAAAAAAUAGCGAGAAAUGUUUAAAUGAUGAAACUUAGAGACAGAAAAAAGUGCAACAGUGACCGAGUUCAAGGUCACCUUUUUGAAAUUUUAUUUAAAAUUUCCACUAACUUGACUUUAAACACCAAGAGGUGUUUUUUAACGACUUAAUUUUUCUUUGAAAAGUACGUCAAAAAUAAAAUUUUAUUGUUGUAAUUCAAAGAUUAUUUAACGGUGUACAGCCCUGUUUUAUUUUUAUUUUGCCGCGCGUGUAAUUAUCCUUGAGCAGAUUAAUUUCGUCACCUGCGAUUGUAGAUAAUCCGCUAACCAUGACGGUGAAUAUUUCCGACCUUGUCAUUUUGGGCAGGUAAUGUUGAAUCAAAAUCGGGGACUCUGUCUGUUUUUCAAGUUCAAAUGACGUGAAUGAUAAAAAUGUACUUCUUCCUGUUUUUUAUUAUUUUACCUGUCCGAGGAAAAUGCUCGAGGCUGACGUGAAAGCCUCGACUUCGGAUUGGGUGCCCAAAACCCAGAGCAGCGCUCUGCCGAGGCUAGAAAUGAACCGAGGUAGAAUGUUGAGGUGGUUCAGAAUCGCGACGACGAAACUCAAAAACAAGAUCACAGGCAUCACC